AUGACUCUGCAUCCCGGCACCUCCACGUUUCCCCUGAUACCGCCACCCUGUCCCCACACCACUCUCGGCCCAGCAACCCAGACGCCCUGGGGGCAGCCACCCCCAUGCCUCCUGAAUGCAGUGUUCCCACCAGGCAGCCAGCUCGUGCUACCUGCUGCUUUGCCAAGGAUGCCCAUGGUGGCAGGAGAUGGUGGCUCCGGCCCAAGUGAGGCUGGGAACUUCAGUGUCAUCAGCCCAGCUACAGCUGACGGGAGGCCAGUGCAGCCCCCGCACUCUGAGCCUGUGCUCUUCAACCAGGCCCCUCUCAACUGGAGUGCCAUGGGGGGUCUCUGUGAGGCAACACAGCAUCCUACCACCCUGCUUCUGCCAGGCUCUUCAGUGCAGAAGCUGGUACAGCCUGUGCCAACCACUGUGCACACGCAGGCUGGCCAGGGGGGCUACUGCCCAGACCUCCAUCCUGUGGGUCCUCCACCACCAACCACCCAGCCUGCCCCCGUGAUGUUGUUUCCAGUACACCCUGGACCAGAGCCUCCUGGCGGGGACCCGCAGUGUGGCACCGCCGCCUCCCAGGCCAAGGCCUCACUCAAGGCCUCCCGCAACCCCACAAGCGUCUAUAUGAACUUCCGGCGCUGGCAGCGUUACAAGGCCCUGGCGCAGAGGCACUGUCCACAAAGCCCUGAUGCUGAAGCUCUGUCCUGCUUCCUCAUCUCAGGAGGCAGGGAGGCCUGGCCUCCUGAUAUGCUGAUCCUGCUGAAUUACAGCCCCGUGCUGCGGACUCUGGCCCAGAGGAAGCCCACCAUGCCACUGGAGGAGGGCCUGCGGUUUGCCAUGCGGGAAUGGCAACACAAGAGCAACUGGGACCGCGCGAUCUUCUAUGAGAUGGCAGAAAAAUUCAUGGAGUUUGAGGAAGAGGAGAUGCAGACUCAGAAGCGGACAUGGAUGCAGGGGAAACUGUGCAAGCUACCCCCAGGCCCACUGCCGCUGGUUCCACAAGGGCCCCCAGCCACAGUGGCGGUCCAGCAGCCAGGUAAAGCUUCCCGCUUCACCACACAACCCAUGAAGAAGGCAACGGGGACCAAACGCCUCCAUAACCACCCCCGUGGGAAGUUUCUCUCCAGAGCAACGUGUUUGCUCUUUCCUGCAGAAGGGUGUGGCCCCAGGAAUGCCAGCUCCAAGGCCCUGCCUGCCUGUACCCUGCCACAAAGACACUGGCAGCCUCAGGGCAAGGUGCCCAAGGGGAUGCCCACUGAGACUGUGAUGGAGGACGUGGACAUCAAGGAUACACCAAUGCGGCCUGAUGGACCCACUGAAGAGGACAGCUUCUGGAGUCCUAGGGAGGAGGGGGACUAUCCAGACCCAGAACUGCUGAGCUACGUGGAGAAGCUCAUCUCUCAGGAGGACUUCAUUGCUGAGGUGGGCUGUGAAAUUCUGAGGUUUGUGGAGGCCAUCAUUCAGCCCCGAUUCCUGGAAGAACUGCUUUCCCCAGAGCCACAGCUGGAUCUCGUGGCCCUAUCGAUGGAGCUGGAGCAGGAGGAAGGGCUGACCUCUGGCCAGGUGGUGCAGAAGACGUUUUGGCCUGUGACUGGGAAUGGGGCUGCGGGGGUAACCCCCAGUCAGGCUGCACCUGUACGGCACCCCAGUCCUGAAUCCACAGCCUGCCCAGGUGCAGACAGGCACGACCAAGGCCCACAAAGACGUGUCAGUUCUGAGACCUGCCAACAAAGGGCAUCGUCUCAGGAACCGCGGAGACACGUGGUCCCACCCAAGCCCCUCUCCAGAUCUACCACUGCUGUUUCCUUCUCGGGGCAACGGGAGUGCCUUUCACGAGGGACCACUAGGCCCACUUCUAUCCCACCAAGAAACAAGCCUGCCCCAAGAGGGCCAAAGGCUGCUUGGGGAUUCACAGUCGAAUCCUCUACUGAUGGCACCAGACCAGCAGUGGGCACGGCCACGGAAAAGGAUGAGGAGCUGCCCAGCCUGGACUUCUUCCUCGAUUCCCAGCGUCACCUGCUGCCUCUGGGUCUUGACCAGAGCCCUGCUGAGGCCCCUUCUUGCCUGGGACCACAGCAGCUCCAGAGAGUUCCCGAGUCCCUCCGCUACCAGGGAAGAGGCCAGACUUGUGCUGCCAGCACCACGGCCAAGUCGAAGAAGCGAGGUUUGCGGGGAAGCCCAGGCCCUGCCCCAAAGAAGACCUGCUCAGGGCCUGGACGCAGAGCCACUGAGGGGCAGGCCCUGGCUCUGGGGUUUGUGGCACAAGCCCAGGCUCAGAAGAGAACCCACGGCCCCUUGGUCACCAGGAGGAGGAAGAAGCAGCAUCGAGGCCAGGAGGGCAGGCGGGCUCUUGGGAGCCGGCCCAUACGUGCAGCCUGA